AGAUCUGGCAAGAGAUAUACACACACUCUCUCCCUUUGAAUGAGCUCGGUGAGAUAAACAGACUGGAGACAUCCUUAAGAUGAGUUACACAUCCACAAUGAGGAUUCAGCUGGGGAAACAUUUAUUGAAUGGUGAAUCAGGGGCUGAGUCCAAAGGUCCAGAAAGUGACAGCAGAGGACUGCAGCUCAUGGAAAAGCCAAAUGGUAAAAUUGUUUUACCUGAGGAGGUGCACAUGAACCUAGAACAGAAUGGGGAGUGCAGAAUGGUAAAGACUCUGGAGGAACCUAAAAAAGACCUGAAGAUGACUUCAAGAGAGACUCCCCCUAGCCUCAGGGUGGUGAAAACAUGUGAAAGAUAUCUGACUCUCACGUUUGAACUCUGCCCCCAGACCGGAGGAGAACUAUGUAUACGUAGAGUGAAGUCUCCAGUGCCUAUCCUCACUCAUGUCCCUACCGCAAACAGAAAGCUUGUUAAGGGUGGUCCACUCCCUGCACUGCUGGAGUCCAUUCACCCACAGAGCAGCCCCCACAUCCAAGAGGUCGUUAGGGUCAAAACCCUGCCUGGUAAAGUUUGGGAGCACCGGGAGGGAAAGAGACCAGCCACAACUACAUUGGAAUCCCCUCGGAAGAACAGUCAUUCAUGGGCUGUGUCCUUCAACUCUGAUGCCACCUACAACUCCAGUCCAGCACAAGAACCGGUCUCACCAAAGAGAAAACCCCAUAGGUCUGGGGACACUCUGAGAAUCCUGGAUGGAGUUUCUCAUGUGGAAGUGAAGAAAGGGGAGCAGGCAGAGCUACACUGUACUAUCCAGGGGAAGCCCCCAUUGGCUGCUUCGUGGGUGCGGAACAAGAAACCGGUUGUUGAUGGUCCUCGAAUAUCAGUACGGACAUCAGAUACGGAGAGCUGCUUGCUGAUCCAACAAGUGUGUGAGGAAGAUAGUGGUGGUUACACUCUUUGUGUGCACAAUCAGAAUGGCAGCAUACAGCAUCACACCACCCUAGCUGUUGUGGACCACCCAUCUCCUCCAUCAGGAAAGCCCCUUAUCUCAGCCUUGCAGUCUGCUUCCCUCACUCUCUCUUGGUCUGGGCCAUGUUAUGAUGGUGGCAGUGCUGUUCUGAGUUACAGGAUAGAAGUGAAGCAGGCUGAACAGGACAGUUGGACUUUGCUGACAGACACCUGUGUUAACACCUCGUAUCAUGUGAGUAAAGGACUGUUGGCAGGAGAACGUUACCAAUUCCGCGUACGAGCCUGUAACGCUUACGGAGUGAGUGAGGCUGGAGAGGAGUCAGACGUUGUUACCAUGUCUUCUAAUGGAGAUGGAGAGUCAGAGUAUGAGGAACCCAUUGAAUAUGCAAAGGUCUCUAUUAACACCACUGACUCGGUGGAUGACUUGUACGUUAAGCUGGAGAAGCUUGGAAUGGGGAAAUUCGGCCAAGUGUACAAGCUGCAGGAGAAAGCCAGUGGAAAGAUCUUUGCUGGGAAGUUCUCUCGGGUGCGUAAACAGAAGGAUGUGGAAAACGCUCGAGCAGAGGUUGAAUUGAUGAACAAACUCCAUCAUCCCCGGCUUGUGCACUGUGUUGCUGCUUUCCAAGAACGUGGCUGGGUAGUCCUGAUUCUGGAGUAUAUUGCAGGUGGAGAGCUGUUUGAACGGAUUGUGGCAGAUGGUUUUGAGCACACAGAGAUUACAAGUAUUCAGUACAUUUCCCAGAUUCUUUCUGGGUUGGGAUAUAUGCACCAACAGGGCAUUGUUCACCUGGACCUUAAACCUGAGAAUAUUGUCUGCAUCAACAAAAUCAGCACAAAGGUCAAACUCAUCGACUUUGGUCUGGCCAGGAAACUAGAACCUGGCGUGCCCCUGAAGGUGUUACAAGGGACAGCGGAGUUUGUCGCCCCUGAGGUCAUUGCAUUUGAACCAGUGGGGUUCACCACUGACAUGUGGAGUUUGGGAGUUAUUUGCUACAUUCUGUUAAGUGGAGAUUCCCCCUUCCAAGGUGAAAAUGAUGUGGAGACAUUGCAGAAUAUCACCUCUGCGUGCUGGGAUUUUGAUGAUGAGACCAACGCUGUCUUGUCUGACUCUGCCAAGGACUUCAUCAGACGGCUUCUGCAAAAGAACAUGAAGUCCCGUCUUACUGCUGAUCAGGCUCUAGAUCACCCUUGGAUCCAGGACAAAGGCAUCUCCAGCAAAAAGACCUUGUCUAAGGAACGCAUGAAGAAGUUCCUGGCAAGGCAAAAGUGGCAGAAAACUGGUAAAGCUGUUCUAGCUCUGAAGAGGAUGGCAAUGCUCAGUAACAAAUCGGAUACCAACUCUCCAUCACCAGCAACAGAGGAUGAGACUGAAAGUAAAGAAGUGUUUACCUUCCUGCAAGAGCAACUUCAGAGACCUCCUGCCUUUACUUCCCCUCUAAAGGAUCAGUCAGAAGUUGCAGGAAGCUCUGCUCGGUUCCAUUGCCACAUUGAAGGUUUCCCAGAUCCUGAAGUCCUAUGGUUUUUCUCUGGUUCCCCGAUCCAAGAGUCUAAGCGAUUCCAGAUUGAGUAUGAAGAUUCAGGAAGCUGUACCCUUGUUAUAGCUAAUGUUUCUCUUGAGGAUGUUGGGGUGUACACAUGCAAGGCUUUGAAUGCUCAUGGACAAAAAGAAUGUUCAGCCAAAUUAAAUGUCCACUCUCUACAUGCCGAGCGUCGAAAAAGAGAGGGAAAUUGGAAUAUUGCCUGACCCGACAGGGGGACCUCAUAAUCUGGAACAAACUUUCUGUUUGUGUAUAUAAUGGGCACUGUUGGGAAAACUAGCUGUGUACCUAUAUACAGUAUAUUUAUAUGUAGACCGCAGAUUUAACUCUGGCCUUUAUAUUAAUUGUGCACUGCAUUAAAAAUUUUCUAUUGUGUAACGGAUUUUCCUACCUGCUGUAAUUCAUUCACUUCACCAAGAACCUUUAGUGCACUGAGACAGCCAAAACCUAAGUUGUAUGCUUGAGUUGCCUUGUGACUUGUAUUUACUCCAUUUGGAAAAGCCAAUUAUAACAACUCUGAAAAUGUAGUUUUGUGAUGUAGUAGUUGCUCAUUUGAUCUCCUGACAACGAGAUCAAUAACUCACAUUUAAAGAACUACUUCACUUGUUUUAUUCAAUGACAUGAAUACAACCUUGCAGUUUCUGUAAUCAUUGAACCUAGUAUGAUUAAAUUGUAGCAACAAUGUGCCAAAUGUUCUUGUUGCUAAAAAAAAAAAAAAAAAACGCUGGAAAUAAUGUUCAAUCUUUGUCAGAAACGUUUCUUGUUCGUAUCAUCUUUUAAUCUAUGACAAGGCAGAAAGGCAUGUUAUUAGAUAUACAUUCUGCAUUAACAGUUUCAUUUUCUCAAACAGUCACACUGAACAAGGAUGUCAGAUUUUAUAGAAUAAGUAAACUUCAACAAAAGAAGUUACCCACCCUUUUUAACAUCUGCAGACAAAUGUCACAAUAAUAGACCAGCCUUUAACAUACUGAAGCAUUGUGCCUUGCUGCCGAUAUCCUCAGAAUGUCUUGGCUAAUACGGGUUUACACUUACCAUUGGAGAACACUGGCAGAUGUAUUAAGACUGGAGACGGCAUAAGGAAGUGAUAAACCAGUGA